AAUUGUCAUUUCCAUGCGCAUGUCUGACAAGCAGACUUCCAGGUUUUCCGGAAAAAUAUCACAAAAUUAUCCCUAAGCCUGGCCUUUGUGCACCAUUUAACAGUGUAUGUUCUAGGAUUAUGAAGAGACCUAGAAAUGCAGAUUGUGCAAAGUUACGCCGGCCUCUGAAAAGAAGCAAAAUCACCGAAGGAUUUUAUGGAAGUACGUUUCUGUACAUGAAAUUCCUGAUGGUGUGGGCACUCGUUCUGAUGGCGGAUUUCAUCCUGGAGUUUCGGUUCGAGUACCUGUGGCCCUUCUGGCUCCUCAUGAGGAGCGUGUACGACUCUUUCAAGUUUCAAGGACUGGCUUUCUCCGUAUUUUUUGUAAGCAUCGCCAUAACGUCGGACGUCGUGUGUUACCUGUUUAUACCAGUCCAGUGGCUGUUUUUUGCUGCCAGCACAUACGUUUGGGUUCAAUAUGUCUGGCAUACAGAGAGAGGAAUCUGUCUCCCCACAGUGUCGCUAUGGUUACUGUUUGUUUACAUAGAAGCCUCAAUACGCCUCAGAGAGCUGAAAAACUUGCCAUUUAACCUUGAUUUAUGUAGACCUUUUGCAGCUCAUUGUAUUGGAUAUCCAGUUGUCACUUUAGGAUUUGGAUUUAAGACAUACGUUUCUUACAAGUUAAGAUUGCGAAAGCAGAAAGAUGUACAGAAAGACAAUGAAUUUUAUAUUAAACUUAUUCAACAAGCACUGCCACCAGAAUUACAAAAUGUAGAAAAACAGAAAGCUUUACCAGCCAAAUCGGAGGAGGAGGGAAUCUCAGUGUUACCAAUCGAUGAAAAAUCGUCCACAUCAUCAGCCGAUAAAACAGCAGCUAACACAGUAACACAGUCCACAUCUAGUAAAUCUACUAGCAAAGACGAAAAAGAUAGUAAAAAAUCAAAGUCGUCACACGAUACAGAAAUUGACGACGAUUUACAAUAUAUUGAGCAAAGUCCACCAAAGAAAUCUGCGGACAUUAACAGUUUUGACGAAAGUGCUGAAAGUUUUACCACAGAACAACAUACAAAAAAUUUCAAACAGAAUGGUAUUAGCACGAAAGUGUCCGGGUCAAAAUUGAACAGUUGUAAGGAAAACAGUUCGAAGAAGGGGAAGAAUUAUAAUAAACCAGAUUUAUCGUCAUCAGCAUUUGCAAAUAAUAAAGAUGAAUCUGCAUAUUUUCAAAAAUUAGAAAACGAUGUAAAACGCCUCAAAACAGACCUACAAUUAAGUCGGAACAACGAGGCAGAGCUAAAAUCCCAGAUCAACGAGUUUAUACUCAGCGGGAAAAACACACGGUCAGAGUUGUACCAGCUGCAACAGGAUAAUGAAAACUUACAAAAUAAAUUACACAACCUGGUCACUAGUCGACAGAAGGACAAAGAGACCAUAUCCUCUCUGGAGCGUAAAGUGAACGAGGAAAAGAAGUCGAAAGGCUCCAUAGAGCAACAGUUGAACGCUGAGAGGAAGGCGAAAAAAGCUGAAGAUGCGGCUGCCGCGCGGGCUGUAGCUUUAGUCACUGCCAGGGGUGAAUGUUGUACUGAUGUGUGUUUGUCACGUCGACGUGACACGGAGAAUGACCUCCAGCAGCUUAAGUGGGACAUACAGAACAAAGAUGAUAAGAUUCGACAGCUCGAGAAAGAAGUGCAGGUAAGAUUUUGGGCUCUUGGCCAGCUUAAAGAGCAACAGACAGACACAGAGGUUUUAAUGUCGGCCCUGACCGCCAUGCAGGAUAAGACAGUCCAUCUUGAAAACAGUCUCAGCGCAGAGACGAGACUUAAACUGGACCUGUUUUCUGCACUGGGAGAGGCCAAACGACAGAUGGAGAUUCUCCAAAAUAUGAUUCAGAAGCGAGACCAGGAGAUUGUUGAUCUCAAGUCCAAGAUGUCAGAGGUUAUGGCCCUCAUGCCACCAAAUGCCGGUGUGGACGGAAUCAGCCUGCCAAGCUCUGGAAACUCCUCCCCCUCACCCCUAUAUUCUACAUCCUCCUCCUCACAGCAGCUUCCUAGAAGGAGCAUGGCUAACUGACAAAAAGAGCCACCACCAACAGCAGGAGAAUGGAAUCAUUAAGAAGUCCAAGCUGAACCCUCAUGCGUCAGACUACACACCAAAAUUGAUGUAAACUGACGACGGAGGAACUACUUACCAGAACUAUUUUUCCUGCUGCUGCUGCUGUGUGAAUAGUCCCAGAAUUCUCUUCACUGCCCGUUUGAAUCAUCUCGUCAUCUAAGAUUAAAGAUAAUUACAAAAAGCUACAACAAAAACAUUUGAAAAUAUUUCCACGUUCCUUCUUCAUAUCGUAUGUAAUAGUAUGAUAAAGAAAAAGGUGUAAUGAUAUAUAUUAUAUUAAUUUUUGCUGACUUUAUUUGUUAAAAGGUAUGAUUUUUAGCAAAAAAAUAUUUUGGCUUUUUAAAUUCAACACCGUUGCCAAAAAUAGAUUUAUUGAUUUUUUUUGCCAAUUUGAGUGUUCACAUCCAGUUGCCUAUCACAAUCACACGAAAUAUAGUUCAUGGAGUGUAUUAAGACAAGUGCUGUUAUUUCCUGUGAACAUUUUUUUAUUACUGAACCUUAAAAAAAGUUAAACAUUUCUGUCUGUGCAAUAUAUAAACGACCUGUGUCUAAUGAAUACAAAAUACUCUCUUAACUUUUUGCAACUGUUAUACACAUACUUUUAAUAUUUCCAGUUUAAGAUCAGCUUAACUUCUGAAACUUAAUGAAAACACAAUUAGGUGUUUUCUUACUGCACUCGAGAGAUUUCUGAGAUAGAAAAUGAGGAGGAACUUAUGCCCCUUUAAUUUACAUGCUGUAAAAUUGCAAUGGAUAGUGCUCUAAGAAAAAUUGGUCUGUUAGUAUUGAACUCUUGCAAUUUCCUGCCAAACUUAUUUACACUUCUUGUCUAUGGUAUAAUAAGCAUUUUGUUAACAAUUUAUUUAUUUAAUUGAAAGCUCAGUUAAAAACCUGGGGGACAUUCCAUAAAAAUUCUUUGGUGCAGUUGUUUGUUUUCAACAGUACUGCAUUUUUCUUUGGCCCCAAAUUUCACAAACGGAGUUAAAGUUCCUAAUAACAUGAUCAAACUGGUCUCCAUAUUUUUGUUUUGGUAUAAAUUGUGUAAAAUUCUCCAUUUUAGGGAAUUUUGAGACUUUUAAAGAGAAAAGAACUGUUAGCGCAUGGAGGAAAAAAUUUGAACAUCACAGAAAGAUAAACCUAUUAUUCUUAAUUCAGUAUUCAUUGAUAUUUUUUCUAUGUUGUGUGACUACUGUAUGUACACAUUUCUUGCUGUUUAAUUUUCUGAUUCAACAGCCAAAAAGGUAUUUGGAAAAGUUCUAAAUCAAGUUUUAAGACUUAAUGUGUUAGUGUUUAUUGUUUUAAUUUUUUGUUAAGGGAUAAAAGAAUAUCACAUCAGUUAAGCCCUGUUUACUGUUUAAAACUUUUUUUUAUAUUUUGAUUAUCAUUGAAAAUUGAGUAAAAAAAUAUGUUUGGAAAUAUUUUGAAAGAUCAUUUAAAAAAAUUAUGUUUCGGAAAAUGCUUUAUUGAAAUUUUUGCAACAAUAUGCAUUUUUGCUAUGAAAAACAUCUAAUUAUUGAUUAAUGGUUAACUGUUUUAAAUUAAAAUAUGGCAUAUUAACAUCUUAUGAAUGCUUAAUUCUUUAAAAUUGAAAUAUGUCAUUUUUACGUCUUAUAAUUAAUGUUAAAUUCUUUAGAAGUUGAAAUAUGGCAUAUUAACAUCAUAUGAAUGCUUAAUUCUUUAAAAUUAUGAUAUUGCAUUUUUAGUCUUAUAAUUAAUGUUAAAUUCUUUAGAAGUUGAAAUAUGGCAUAUUAACAUCAUAUGAAUGCUUAAUUCUUUGAAAUUAUAAUAUUGCAUUUCUUAUUCUUUAAUAUAGUUAAUGUUAAAUUCUUUGAAGUUGAGAUAUUGCGUAUUUACAUCGUAUGACUGUUAAUCUCGUUGAAAUUUCUUAAUUUAUUUUGAUUCGGUCUCGGUUUCAAUCAACAGCAAUGCAUAUCAAUGCAAAAACUUAAUAUAAAUGACCUAAUUUGUGUGUUGUGUCUUCAGUUGAUGUUGUUUAUUAGUAACUUCGAAACCACAUAAAAAAAUGCAGAAAAAACAUUUUCAAUUAAUAUUGUAUUAGUUUUAUCACGGACCUAUAAACCGUAAAACACAAAUUUCAUUUGAAAAGAUACCUGUCUUGUUAAGCUAUUUUAAAUAGUUUUGUCAAUUUUUGAAUAAAAAGUAAAUAUAAUUUGAUAACAUACUUUCCUUUAAGAAAAAAUCUUAUUUUAGUUUUGCAUAAUAUCUUGCAAAGUUCACCGUCUUUUAAAUCAGCUAACACAUUGAAAUUAAGUUAAUUAAGUUAUUUUUUAUAAACUAAAUAUGCUUGAAAGUUUGCAAUAAUUAAGACAAGAGUAUUAUUUACUUAGCUACUAUAGUUCAGGGUUGGUAGUCAUAAAGCAUCUUACGCGAUUUCUUAAACUAAGUCAUUUCUUUAAUUUAUGUAUCUCACUGGUCAUAGAAUAUAUUGUCUAGAUAACGUCGUAAGUCAUAAUAUUGAUUUCCUUUUCUCAAACUUCGUUAUUUCAGUUAAAAGAGCUCCACACAUUUGUUAACAUCUUUGUAAUUCUAAGAAAUCGACUUAAGUUCGGAAACGGCUUCAACGAGUUUCCGGCCCUAAUCUUCACCAAUGACAAUAAAGACUAUUAUAAAACUUGAAAAGUGUGAACAAUUCUGAAAACAUGAAUUUACAAUUUCACAAGCUGUUUGAUGUUGUUAGAAUUCCUGCCUUUUAUUGGCUUGACUUUGUAUGUCCUUCUACAGUUAUAAAACAAACAAAAAUGUGAAAACGAAAAUUGAAGAGUCCCUUAAGAAGUUAAAUUUUAUUAUAAUCACAUCUCAUAAAAGUUUUCACUCCAAUUUGGUAGCUAUCCAUGACAUUAAUUAUGCUCUUAAGAAGAGAGAGAGAAAAAUAAUCCAAUUUUAAGUUGCGGAUUUUUUUUUCAUUUCCAAAGCUUUCUUUUUGUAAAACCAGCUCAAAUUGCUAUUAAACAUAUUAUGCUACAGAUAGAUUUAAUAUAUGGAUAAGUCAAAACGAAUGAGCCGAUUGUUCAGAACGUUGUUUAAGUUAACAACGUCGUUAACCUCAUCGUUGUUAACUUUCAAACUCACUACUGCUCUGGAAGUUUAAUGGAUAUUCUUUUCAUUUGCAUUGUUGCAAACAAAAUUUGGGAUAAAUGUUUAGCUGAUUUUUUAUAUAUUUAAAUAUAUGAGCACAUCUUCAAAUAGUCACGUUUAAAUGUUAAUGACGAUGUCGUUAAUCACCUUGUUAAUUCUAACAAAGUUCUGAGCAAUUAGCCCAGUAUAGAAGAAAAUUAAAUUGUUGAGAUUUUUUUUUAAUAAGAAGUAGGCACUUGAUGACUAUUCUUAAACUGUAUUGUAACUCACUUUCACCUAUGGGCUAAAUUAUUUUGAAAUUAAUAUUAUAAUAUGUCGAAAUGCGCCGAUAAAUGGCAUUUGAGAAAGAACAAGUAUUUCAUGUAUAUGUUAAGGAAUGUCUUUUUGCCAAUAUAAUUAUGUUCUUAAAAUGGCAAUUAUUGAAUAAUUCACAUGUUUUCUGCACUCCAAUGUUUUUAUUAAUGAAGCACAUGAUGUUUUCUAUGAUUAUUUUUUUUUAUUUCGGUACACUUUGAUAGUAUUACAAGUAUAAUACUAGUAAAAGACCCAGUUGCCAUAUGGUAUAUGUUUUAAGUGUGGUGGGUCAUACAAUGUUUAGUUAAUUUUUCAUGUCUUUGCCGAGUUUAUCGGUAGUUAUGAAAGGCAAGACAUUGCGCUGUUGUUUCAAGAAAAUAAACAAUUUUAAAGUA